AUGUCUGUAACGUUAAAGGAAGCGCUGUCUGUGGUGAGCGAGGACCAGCCCAUAUACGAGCCGCCGUACAACGCCGCCAUGCACAUGAAGGCGGAGAUGACGUCGCCGGGCGGAUUCAAGCAAAGUCCCGAGCACGCUGAACCUGAAUGGCAGUCCACCGCCGUGCAGAAGAGGGGCGAGCACGUCAACGGAACCAACCACGAAACCCCAGUUGACUGCAGCGUGACAAAACGCUCUCGACACAUGAGCGACGACGGCGUCCCCAUGGCGUACCAGCCCUCGUACCCGGAGCCUCGUGUCAGCCCCCCCAAUGUCACCCCGCCCAGCAUUACCACCACGGAGGAGAAGCGCGUCAUCGUACCGGCAGACCCUGAGAUGUGGACCCAGGAUCAUGUGCGUCAGUGGCUGGACUGGGCCAUCAAAGAGUAUGUCCUGGAGGAAGUGAACGUCAUGCUAUUCCAAGCACUGGACGGCAAGGCCCUGUGCAAGUUGACCAAAGAGGACAUGAUGCACCUCACGUCUGCCUACAAUGCCGACAUCCUGCUCUCGCACCUCAAUUACCUCCGGCAGAGUAGUCCAACUUUUUCAUACUCUACAACGGCCUCUACCAAUACGCCGCCUCCUCCACCUCCGCCACAGCCUCGACUUCAGGUCAAAGCUGAGAGCAGUUUUGAUGAGAUCAGCCGCAGAAACAGCUGGACUACCAACAACAUGGCGGCCGUGCCCAAAGGUUCCACCAUGGAGCAGCAACACAGCAGAGUGUCAGAACCAGUGUCAAGAAUUGGCCAAGAUCCCUAUCAGACAUUAGGGCCCAUAAGCAGCCGGCUAGCAAACCCAGGUUCUGGCCAGAUCCAGCUGUGGCAAUUCCUACUGGAGCUUCUGUCAGACAGCAACAAUGCCGGCAUCAUCACAUGGGAGGGCACCAACGGCGAGUUCAAAAUGACCGACCCCGACGAGGUGGCCAAGCGCUGGGGCGAGCGCAAAAGCAAGCCCAACAUGAACUACGACAAGUUAAGCCGCGCCUUGCGCUACUACUACGACAAAAACAUCAUGACCAAAGUGCACGGCAAGCGCUACGCCUACAAGUUUGACUUCCAGGGGAUCUCGCAGACGCACCAGAGCCACCAGGCGGCUGACGGCGGCGGCAUGCUGAAGUACCAGACGGAGAUGUCCUACGUGCAACCGUACCACAGCCACCAGCCCAAAAUGAACUUCAUGACAGGCCACCCGCCGCCCAUGCCCGUGUCACCCGGGAACUUUUUUGGGCCGCCGACCACGUAUUGGAACUCGCCAAGCAGUCCCAUCUACCCCGGGACGGCUAUGAACAGACACCCAGCUGCUCAUUCCCACUUGAGCUCGUACUACUGA